CGAGGACAGGCGGCGCGCUAGGCGGCGGCCGUGCUCUCGCGGUCCACAUCAGGGCUGUACUUGCCACCCAGAUAUCCACCCAGAGAUAGAGAGAGGGAAGGCGAGCGCAGAGAGCGACGAACGGGCCGUAUAGCGAGACGAAUUGGUUGCCGCGGGACAUGUCAUCACAUACUCCGAUCGCCGGGGUGAAGGAUGGGCUCAAUGGCGUGCUGGCACAACACUAUCUUGGCACCUUUGACAUCCCUGUCACCAACGUCAACAUAAUUGGGCGUCCCAUAGCAGCGUCAGGGGUAAGGAUCAUAACGGAGUCCAUGAAGCAAGCCCUGCAGCACGCCAUCUUGGCUACGGUUGAAGCAUCGAAUGUACCCGCCGGCGGGCUGAGUGCGGCCGCAGCCGCGAAGCUCCAAUUACGGAUUCUGGACGGCGCGCACAGGACGCACUGUGCUCUGCAGCUGUACGGCGGAGAGUU